CUGUCAGUCCAAACCUUGGAGUCCUACCCCGGAGUCUUGGAGAAAGGGGGAGGUUUGCCUUGGGGACUUGAGGCUCACUUCUCUCCUGCUGCCAAUGCCGCUGACUUGCGAGUGGACGCGGCCGCUUUAAGGCGCUUUGACCCCAUCGCAUCCUCCGGCGGGGCGGGGACAGUACUGGCGCCACCAGCAGAGGCACUGCGAGAGAGGUAGUGCGCGGUGUCCCGGCCCACCAUGCUGACCGCACUCGUCCAGCAAGAGCUGCCUGGGCUCCCGAGGUGGAUGCCCGCGGCCCCCGCGCGUCGCCAGGAUUCCUCAGGUUCAUCUGGCUCCUACCACACAGCUCCGGAUUCUCCAGAGCCCCCGGACUUUGGGCCGGACGCAGAAGGCCAGGAGAAUUGGCCCUGCGUGGUACCUAGGCGGGGGGUGGACGCGCAGCCUCUCCUGUCUGUCAGCUCCCAGAAUAGCAGCCAGCAGAUCUGGUGCGGCUCGGGUUUCCCCCGAGGUCCGGGCUUAGGCCCGCCACCACCCCAGCCCCAGCUGCGCAUGCUGCCGUCGGGGGAGAUGGAAGUCAUCUUCAGUGCCAGGCCUCUGUUCAGCAGCUCAGAUGCCGAGGACUGCGAGGUGCAAGAGCUCAUGGCGCCGGCUUUAAGCAAACCGUCGCUGCCGGAGCCAGCGUCACCCACCCCUAUGCAACUGCAGCCCCAGUCCCCCGACGGUGGCUCCCGCUGGGCCACCUAUCUGGAGCUGCGGCCCGGUGGGCCAAGUCCUGUGGCCUCAGCACAGUUCGAGUGUGUGGAGGUGGCGCUGGAGGAGGAGCCCACCGCUCCAGGCAGGCCCAGGACGGUGCCGAAGCGUCAGAUCGAGCUUCGCCCCCGGCCCGCAAGUCCCUCGAGAACGGCUGGCGCGCCGCGCCCCCCACUGUUCCUGCGCACCGGCUCCCUAGACGAGUCAAUGGGACGCCUGCAGGCCGCUGCAGGCCUAGUGCAGACAGCAUUGGCCAGAAAAAUGGGCCCCACUGCCCCAGAGCCAAGCAGCACCACCUUUCGGCCCACUGAGCGGCCAGAACCUGAGACUCGGGAAACGUCCGGCAGCACCCACGUGGUCCUGGAAGAGGCUAAGUCUCGGCUACUCCGAGAUCAAGAUAAUCUGGUCCGUGCGAGAGCCCCGCGGCCUUGGCCCAGCCUACGCGAGCGCGCGAUUCGGCGCGACAAGCCCAUGCCCGGCACCGAGCCUUUGGGUCCUGUUAGUUCCAGUAUCUUCCUGCAAUCGGAGGAAAAGAUCCAGGAGGCACGAAACCAGGAACCCAAGACUCGGUUCCCACGAGAGACCCCGAAUCGAACUUUUCUUAGGGCACACAGUCCACCUUUUAAGUCUAGGGACCCCUCGGAGAUUCCGAGUAGGUCUGUGAGGCCAAGGAGCCCUUCUCCAUUGUGGCAGGCUCCAAAUGGGGCCGAGCGGGGUCCCCACUGCCUGUUCCCACGGGAUCAGACUGGACGGAGGGUGAGUAGCCCGUCUUUCCCUGAAGCAUCCUCUGCUUGGGAAAAUCAGAAUCCCUCUGUGGAGGAAACUUCCAGCAGGAGGACCCCUUCCCCUCCAACUCUUUCCCACUGGAAUCAGGGUGCUCCUGGAGUAAGGAGCUCACCCCCCGAAGUUCCUUCCCUGUGGGACGCUCCGCAACCAGCAGUAGGAGAGGCUGUAAGGCCGGGUACAAGCCGGUCUCCGUUGGCCUUGUUCCCUUGGGAGGCGGAAGAUCGUGCUGUUGGAACGCGGAGCCCAUCGCCCCAAGGGACAGGGGGUCCCAUGGUCCAGGGCUCAUCGACAGCGUUUACUCGGGAAGCUAUGAAUGGUUUAGCUGAGGAGUUGGCACCGCCUACACCAGCCGCACCCGGGACUCCAGAACUAACGAAGGUGCAGAGCACCCCCACGCGAGAGAGUCCGAAUCUCGUCCUCACAAGCACCGAGCCAUCGCCAAAGACAGAGGCCCCCGAGCCGCACCUGAGCAGUCACGUCGUGAGGACCCUGGACGCUGAUGUGCGCCCAGAAGCUUUGUACUCUGAAGUGGCCUCUGGACGCUCACGCGUGGCGGUUCCGCGGCCACGAGAUGUGCGCAAGAUAGUUAAGACCACGUACGCUCCAAGCUUCCCAUCUGGAAGCCCAAGCUCAGGGCUACCUGGGCCUCCUUCGGAUUCUAGCGGGGAGGAGGGCGAUGCUUCAAAGACGCCAGAGCAUCAGGUGCUGGGGUCCCCCGCACCAGCUCACUACACUUCCGUUUUUCUCAAGGAUUUUCUGCCGGUCGUGCAGCACCCCUACGAGUCCCCGGAGCCAUCCCUCGACGCAGUCCCACGGGACGCCUCGCAGCCCAACGGCGUCUUGCGACGGAGGGCAGAGAACAGCACAGCCAAACCCUUCGCGCGCACUGAAAUCCGCUUGCCUGGUGCUCUGGCCUUGGGCGGGCGGCCAGAGAGGAUCUCGAGAGUCCUAGUCCACAGUCCGGGCGGAGAGAAUCCGGACGCCAAAACACCGCGCCUGGUUCCCGACGGCGAGGGUCGGACCAGCCCCCUAGGCGGCGCUCGCAGCUCACCCCAGCGGUCCUCUUUAGGACCCUCAGUGACCCGACUAUCCUGCCCCGGCUCCCCUCAGGCAUGCCCUAACUCGAGCCCUGGGAUUGCACCCAAACUAGAGGCCCCUGCUGCGACCCCCGAAUCCGCAGCUUCCCCCGCUCUGCGGGAGUCCCAGGCGUUGGCCAGCAUGACAGCUCGGCCCCAGCCCCGCGCUGCUUCUGCACCUCCCACGGACCGGUCCCCUCAAGGCCUCUCCCAGGCAAUGCGCAGGCCUCUGGGAGCCACGCACCCGGGGAAGGUCCUAGUGGACCCAGAGACCGGCCGCUACUACUUUGUGGAGGCGCCGCGGCAGCCGAGGCUGCGGCUGCUCUUCGACCCCGAGAGCGGGCAGUAUGUGGAGGUUCUGCUACCGCACUCAUCCCCCAGGCAGCCCAGCCACAUCUACACCCCGCUAUCCCUGGGGCCUGGCCUCUACCCGGCUGCCUAUGGGUCUAUUCCUGGCCUCUCACUCCCGCCAUCCUCGGGCCUGCCAGCCCUCAGCAGCUCCCAGCUGCCCUGGGCCUCUGAGGCAGGACCCCUGGACGGAAUGUACUACCUCCCCAUGAGCGGGACUCCCAGUCCCGCUCCAUCUCUGCUCCUCUGUGCCCCACCUGCCCGCUCGGAUCCCACCCAGCCUAGCAAGGGCUCUGUGUUCCCGUUGUGAGGCCUUAGGGCCUGAUCCACAUGGAGUUGAGGCCCCCUAAAUGGUCUAGAGUUUCUGGCUUCCAAUUCCCUGACCUUUCCUUCCAUCACCUUUUUUGGUCUGUUCCAGCCAGUCUUCAGGCCAGAAGUCAUUUUCAAAGAAGGUAUGUGAGACCCCAGGUUGAUGGAGCUGGAGUUCAGGAGGUAGCUGGCUUCUUCCUACCCCAACAAAAAUGUAUAUCCCUUUCCCACCGCAUUCCCAGGGUGUGGCGUGUUUGUGUAUGUGUUUAUGUUGGCAAGGAAUGGGAGGAAACCAGCCUGAGGGGGUGUUCUCCAAAGGGCAGUGGGAAUGAGAUGUGCAGGAACAGGGUGGUCUCCAGAGGUGGUGAGCUGUCUGUCCUCUCCUGAAAAUGGGCCUAGUUGAUGUGGAGCAGGCCAGUGGGCACUGUUGAGAUAAAGAGGAAGGACUCUGGUCAUCAAGUCUGUUUUUUGGAAAAGUAGCUGAACUUUGGUCUGGGAGGCUGUGGGGGAAAGUGGCUAGCGCAGCCCCAGGCCAAGUUGGAACUAAGAAAGGGAGCUGUGCAGACAGCAGGUGGAGGUGGAGUGAGCAAGCAAUAUAGGGGGGGGGAGUGGGGAGUCAGCCUGGAAUUGGGGGUGAAAAGGCUGGAGUGAGGUAGGUCCAGGUGGCUGUGGCCCUCAUUGGGGAGCCUAGCUUUUCCUUCCUUCCCUCAACUCCAGUCUCUGGUUCUCAGAGCCCUGGGAGCUGAGCUGGCUCAUCUUAGAAGUGCAGGCAUCAGCCGUUUCCACUCAGGUAAGAACAGGUAAAAUAAAUCACCAAGGAUUUACCAAGCUGGAUGCAAAAGUUCAAGACCAGCCUCAGCAAAUUAGUGAGACACUGUCUCAAAAUAAAUAAAUUUGGGGGCUGGGGAUAUAGC